AUGGCGCAAGAAAUGGCAGACGAAACUACGAUUGUUCUUUAUCUCUUCAAGCGUCUGCAUCAGCUCGGCAUCCGAUCGGUUCAUGGAGUUCCAGGCGACUACAAUCUUGUCGCAUUGGAUAACCUUGCCGAUGCAGGGCUCAACUGGGUCGGGAAUUGCAAUGAGCUCAAUGCCGGUUAUGCGGCCGAUGGAUACGCCCGAAUUAAGGGAAUAUCCGCUUUAAUUACUACCUUUGGUGUCGGUGAACUAUCAGCCCUUGCUGCGGUCGCCGGUUCAUAUAGCGAACAUGUCCCGGUCGUCCACAUCGUCGGUACUCCAUCUACUUUGUCUCAAAAGAUGGGAGCAAUUCUGCAUCAUACCCUUGGAAAUGGCGACUUUUCAGUGUUUGCGAAUAUGUCGAGGAAUAUCUCGCAGAUUGUGGUCAAUCUAAAUGAUCCUACUAUCGCUACGAGGGAUAUUGAUCGUGCUUUAAAGGCGUGUUGUGUCACAGCCCACCCGGUUUACAUCGCUCUACCAACGGAUAUGGUCCUCCGAAAGGUAUCUACUAAAGGGUUAGAUACCCCGAUCGAUAUAUCUUUGCACCCAAAUGACCCGAAAAUUGAAAGCGAUGUCAUCGAAAACAUUACUCAGAUGAUAUACGGAGCCAACAAUGCUAUUAUUUUGAUAGACGCCUGCGCUAUCCGACAUCGUGUUGUUGAAGAAGUUCAUGACUUGAUUGAUAAAUCUCAGCUACCUGCUUUUGUUACGCCAAUGUCAAAAGGUGACAUUGACGAGACCAAUUCUCGCUUUGGGGGAGUUUACGUCGGUUCGGUUUCCAGAUCGGAUGUUAAAGAAGCCGUUGAAUCCGCGGAUCUCAUUAUUUCCAUUGGCGCAUUGAAAAGCGACUUUAACAGCGGCGGAUUCACAUAUCAUACUAGCACGAAGCAUACGAUUGAACUUCAUUCUGAUUACACUAAGAAGCUCCUGAGCUUAUUGGAUUUCCACAGAAUCCGUCAUACAGAGGGCGCUAAAUCAGAUCUUCCAGAGCUUAAAAAUGAAGAUAUGGAAAAAAUAGAGACUCGUGAGAUCACACAUUCAUGGUUUUGGCCGCAUAUCGGGAACUGGUUGGAAGAAAACGAUGUAGUUGUCACAGAGACAGGCACGGCAAAUUUUGGCAUCAUUGAAACCCGCUUUCCCAAAGGCGUCACAGCCAUCUCUCAGGUCCUCUGGGGUUCAAUUGGAUAUUCCGUGGGUGCUUGUCAGGGUGCUGCAUUAGCGGUUAAGGAGAGUCAAUCUCAUUUCCCUCGCAGAGUCAUUCUUUUCGUUGGUGAUGGUUCCUUUCAGUUAACUGGUAAUGAAGUUUCGACUAUGAUUCGUCAGGGGCUUAAACCUAUUAUUGUGAUUAUCAAUAAUGAGGGGUAUACUAUUGAGCGAAUGAUUCAUGGAGAAAAUGCGGGGUAUAAUGAUAUUCAGCCUUGGAAAUAUACAAAGUUUUUAGAAGCGUUCGGGGCGAAGGAGUAUGCGAAUUAUGUUGUUAGGACGAGGGAGGAAGUUGAUAAGUUGUUUAAGAAAGGGAAUGAGUUCUCGAAGGCGAAUAGGAUUCAGUUGGUUGAGCUUUUCAUGCCAAAGCUCGAUGCCCCACGUGCGCUCAAGAUUACUGGAAAGAUGUCAGAGAUGCUUAACGCCAAGAUGGCGGUUCUGGAUAGUUAG